UCAGGGGGUGGAAGAGCGAGUUUCCUUGCAGCAGCAUCGGGACUAUUUAGCCGUAGUGUCCAUCAGCCCCGCUUUUGUCAGCAAUCAUAUGCGUUGUACCCUAUAUCCACUGCUUGGUGCACAGUGGUCUGGCCUGGACGUCAACGUGUAUUUUCUGUGCACAGUCAGAAACUGUCGCGGUGUCGCAGACUUGAGGGAAAACGAGCAAUUGGUGGUGCUGCGCGGAUGCAUGAAACGGAGACGGAGAGAAGCCUGGAAUAAUGCGUGAUUAAGGAUAUCCCCGAUUGCUUGCCGUUAUUUUGAGGCUGGACCUGAAAACCAACUGAAGGGUAGGCUGUGAGUUUCUGAUGAUUGACAAAGACCACCUUCAGAAAAGUGAAGGAAUAUCAUGCAUUUGUCACCCACCAGCAGCUGAAGAAGAUCUCAAUAACCAGAGGCCAUGGAGGACCCCUACAAGGACAGCAUUCCUGUGGACAUGGGGAGCACGCAAGGCGAAAUGUGCUCCACUGGAGGAACCGUAGGAGAGGGCAUUGGUAAAUUAGAAGAUGACGGGAAUCCUGUCAUUCCUAACGAGGCAUGGAAUGUUGGCUCACCAACCUUGACCAAGAGGUCCCUCUCGCCAAUGUUGGGUGUGCCUGGCACGACGCCUGUUGUAACUCAGACAGCUGACUCGCCAGGAGGGGUUGCUCUCAAAAUGGCCACCACGGUUCUUCAGCCCAUCUGCCUGGGGGACAGUCCAAUGAUGUUGCCUAUUCUGGCAGGCACAGCUGGCCCACAGGUGGCGCAACCGGGCACAGCGCCGUACUUGGUCACCGCCCAAGGUCCCGUCUCCCUGCCUCUGGUGCUGGAGCAGCAGGUCUUCCAGCACCUAACGCCGCAGCUCCUGCAGCAAGCAGGCUGUCCUACCCUCUCCUUACCAAACAACAUCUUGUGCCAGAAUGCCUCGUUGGCACUCGCACCACCCCCAUCGUUGGAUCAGAAAGGAGCAGCUCCCAUGUUGGACCAGAGCUUGCUCACCCUUCUGCAGAACCCCAACUUUGCUGCUAUCCUGCAGGACCUCUUCCCUUCCCAGGCGAACCCUUCGCCCACCUGUCAUUCUGCUGGUUCCCCCCAGCCGGACCUUUUCUCGACUGGAUUCUUCCCACCACCACCCCUUUCCCACCCCUACAGCUCCCCACUGGCUACCCUGAUGCCUCCACCCACCCUGCUGGUCCCCUAUCCCAUCGUCGUCCCUCUACCAGUGCCUCUUCCUAUCCCAAUUCCCAUCCCUAUCCCUGUCCCGCAGCAGGCAGAGGACUCCAAAGUGGCUCCAGACCCCCCAAAGCCAGUGUGUACUUUGAGCCAGGGUACGCAGACAUCGACAAAAGAUUUUGGCCUUAGCAUGCCAUCACCUAGUGUUGAGACUGGCCCAUCCAUGCACGUGUCUCCUUUGCCAUCUUGUCUUUCUGUGCCAGAGGGAGAGGUUCUGGACCUGUCGAUCCGGGCACCUCCCAUAAAGACAAAACAGGAAGUGCCAUGCCAACAAGACAGUGUCCUUGACCUGUCCGUUGGUGGCGUUAGAAAGACCUGUAUCCAGUCCUGCAGUUCCAACGGAAGCAUGGAGGGUGAGAGAGAUCGUACCCGUCACUCGGGCGAGGACAUAGGCACGGGAGCUAUAUCUUUAGGGGUGUUGCGGCCAGUGGAGUGCUCUCCCAAGCUGGACUCGAAGCUCCUCAGUGGCCUAGCGUCCUUAGAGUUUAGCCGGCAGCACAAGUGGGUUGUGGAUAGCGCUGGUAGUAGCUCGAUGGCCGGUACAGUCCAUGACGGAGCGCUUGGUGCAGGGGGGAACAUAGAGAUUGUCAGCACUUCACAGACAGCCAAGGUCAUUGUGUCUGUCAAGGAUGCCAUGCCGGCCAUCUUCUGUGGCAAACUGAAGGGUCUCUCUGGCGUCUCCACCAAAAACUUCUCCAUCAAGCGGGAUGCCAGCCAGGGUGGCUACGCGGCCUUGCCCAGGAUGCCGGGGGACCAGCGGGGCAGCGAUUCCAACGACCCACUCAAAAAAAUGUCGAAGAACAGAUCCAUCAAAUUGAAAAAGGUCAGCUCCCAGGAGAUCCACAUUCUCCCAAUAAAGAAACAGCGACUGGCAGCCUUUCUCCCCAGGAAGUGAGGGCACGGCACUGGCAGGUGCUGAGAGAGGGAGAGCAGCGUAGCAUUUUUGGAUUUCGCAGACAUUCAUGACAGCCUUAGAGGGUCCAAACACGAACCAGGCUCUGGGACACUCUCCAGUCUGUCCAAACAAUUCAGGCCAGUCCAAGCAGUCUUUGGUACACAAGACAGGCACUUGACCCCGUUCUUUUAAACGUAAUCAGUUGCAUGAUUGGAGGGGCUGCGUCGACAACACAGAGAAUGCAUCAAAGGCAAAAAGACACCCGGAAAGGAAAGUUGUGACAGCAGCCAAAUGACACACUGCUGCACAAUUCACUCGAGGUCUCUUCCUGAUGCAUGUGCCUAACAAGCAUUUUUCAUUUCGGUCACAUGUAUCCAUGAAUCAUUCAUGAGGCUUAUCCCAGAGUUUAAUCAGACAUUAAUAUUCAUGCGGCUCCGUGCUGAAACUCAGCCAGCUGCCUCGAGCCAUCAGUGGUGAAUUCCUCCAACACCCCCAAACACAUAAUAUCUGAUAUCGCGGGAAUCAAGGGAAAUCCAUAUCACAUAUCUGUUUAACACACAGUCAGCGUGUUAUGAUCUAAAUAUCCAUAUAAUUUUACCUUAUGUGGUUUUAUUUUUUAUUGUGCCUAGGAAAUGAGUGUGUGUGUGGGGUGGGGUGGGGGGUUGGCCUUUAAACUUCACCCAUGGUGGGAAAUCGCUGUAUUAAUCAGUGGCUCAGUCAACCGGAGCAUCUUCUUUGAUGCAGAGCGGGCUUAGCAUGGCAGGCUAAUAAUGACUUGGCAGAGGCACGGGCCUCACUUUCAUUAACUUUAAUGAACAUCGGAAAUGGCUGUCAGUGGCAACAAAGCACAGUUUUCAUCAUUUCAUCCUAAAGAAGGGAGAGAAAAGAAAAUGUCUUUUCUUUCCUGCCCCCAAGAAUCGAAACAAAAUUAUCUUCAAGGGCAGAUGGCGAAAAAACACAAAUGAUGAUUUGAUGAUGUGGGUGAGCACACUCCUCUGGUUUUUGUCUAGUUUCCGACCCUGUUCUUUUUUGCAAAGUUACUUUUCAGCGUGAAUGAAAAUAGAUAUUUGAUUGCUAAUUAGGAGCAGUUUCAACAUCAUACAUAUAGACCUUUUCAACCACAAAAAAAUACCACAGAAAUUUCAAGCUUUGACACAAACGUGUCACUUGCAACUAACAGAUAUUUAGCUUGACAGAAUACAAACUUCUCUGAAUAAGGGGGACAUAUGUUUUCAUCUAUAAAAUUUAAUAGACCAUAUGUGAAAACAGAAAUACUGAUUUCCCUGACAGCAUUUGCAAAAUGUAUCAGUUAAGUGAAUCCUGUUCCUGUUCACAUCUGUUAGUUGCAAGUGAUAAAACAAAACAAAAUUUUGCGUGAUACCCAAUUUUGCAAUAUCCAGCAAAGGUCUGCCACUUGCACAGUUUAACAAUACAUUGUAAUGUUUGUGGUUUUCCCCAACUCCAUUGUGAUAUGCCCUUUUCAUUUCUCACUUGUAACAUUGUUUGUGUGUGUGUGUGUGUGUGUGUGUGUGUGUGUGUGUGUGUGUGUGUGUGUGUGUGUGUGUGUGUGUGUCACACUAUGUGAAUCAAAGAAGAUAGACACUCAAUGGUCGGAGACAAAAUGUCGGGCAUGGUGUCUCCUCCCAUCUCUGAAGUGGUAUUUCAUGCCUCCGUCUGUUUCCUCAUGGUCUUACUGUGUAAUCAUGGCAUCUUAUGAUCUCACGGGCUGAUGAGAGACUGAGUGUGUUUAUGUGAGCGUGUUAACCCAAGGCGGAAAGACGUUUCCAUGGCAGCCCAUGCUGUAAUGAAAACUGACAUGUAAAUGUUGGCUUUUGGAAUACAGGGGGGAGGGAGGUGGGGGGUUCAGAAAACUGGGAAGAACUUCAGAUGUUUUCCUCCAAAGAGUGGUAAUUCAAUAUCUGACAUGAAUGGGCGCCUUUAUUUGAUAGAUGUUACAUAAACUUGUGUUGGUAAAUUUCAAAAUGGUCAUGUUUGGAAUUGAAUUACAACACACCAGUUUAUUCCCUCUACCAGCUUAUAUCUCACCUUAAACAGUAUACUCUUAAGCUGGUAAACUAUGGGGCAAUGUGAAAUAAAAUAAAUUGAUGUAAGCUUUGGGCUCAUGGUUUCAACUCUACGCCAAAGAAGUAUUGGUUUGGCCUGGGGUGCACUGUCCAUCAUGUACAUAAUAAUGGCUAUGACUGAAAUGACCUACUGUGAAGUAUGGAAGACAAAAAGGCCAGUUGGUGGUCAUGAAUUAUGGACGUACUAUAAAGUACUAUGCUGAAGUGUCUAUGAAAAAACACCUUUUGCACUGUGGACUUGAUACUGGUGAAUGGAGGGUUUCGUACAGGAUGUUAUUUAUUUCUUUGCUUUGCAGAAAACGUAGACCUGUUGAUGAUGCCAUGUCUGUACUACCGUGUUGAGUGAAUGAAUAAAUCAGUUUCAGAUUUCUGUGAAAUAUCCUGUGAAUCUGUGGCAUAAAUCUGUCAAUCAAAAAACAAACCACUCAGAUCCACUGUGGGAACAGAAACAUGUAUGCUUUUGGGUAUGCUGGUGUAAUGUGCUUGCUAGUUUGAAUGAGCAACUUUUUACAGGGCAGUAAAAAGGAAACAAAUGCCUCAAAGUUCCGUCAAAACUGCUAAUCUUCUCCUCUAGAAAACAACAUAGACUAAAUUAGCAGCAGAUUCCUCACCCCUUUUCUGGCACAGAAAUGUAAUUAAAAAAAGAAACGGCAAGAUACAAAAAAUAUUUCCUUUCAUCUUCACUGCAUUUAAAUGGGACUCGCGUGUUUUAAAACUUGAAUCUGUGCUGACAGUCUUGCACAUUAGCAGUCAGGUGGCAAGUGUUAAGACUUAGAUAGCUUGCCAUGCCAAGUACGUUUUCCCUUUAUUUUUGACAACCAACAAACAACCACUGCGUCAGAGCCAUAUUUUGCUUUUGCUUUUUGUUUUGAGUAAGGAAGGAGCAUUGAGACUGUUUGUAUACUACGUGAAUUUAUUUAUGUUUCAGGAAGAGUUGUCCUUGAUACUUGUUGUAAUGUACAAGACAUAUUUUGUAGGUAUUGGUAUUUAAGUAUUGAAUGAGGAUUUUCUACAGGUAACCAGAAAAUGAUGACUUUUUGUAAAAAUUAAGUGAAGAAAAAAUGAAUGAAAAAAAUAAAUGGUUUGGCAACGUUUCAUCUUUUAAUUUGUUCAAAAUCUUGUGUUAAUGUGUUUGUUAGGGUGUGUCACCCUUUAAUUAUUACAUAAUUAAAUAAUUGUAC